UGUGUGUGUGUGUGUGUGUGUGUGUGUGUGUGUGUGUGUGUGGCUGACUCACCAACCCUCCUUAAGUGAGGUUCGGUUCGGUUCGGACUUCGGGUGAACAUGCAGGGAAUGCGCUGCUCUCCUGCUCUGCUGCCUGUUGGACUGCUUUUGCUGCUGCUGCUGGAGCUCGGGAGUUCCGGUGUGCUGCACAUGCUUGCUGUGAGUCAGCUGUGUAAGUUCUGUGAUUUGGAGGCUUCCUCGUGCAGUGGGACAGGAACCUGCAGCUCCAACUGCAGCAUCACAUCCAUCUGUUCCCAUCCCAGUGAGGUCUGCGUUGCCAUCUGGAGGAAGAAUGAAACGGGCUUCUCCAUUGAAACGCUGUGCCACGACCCAUCCUCACUGCUCUACGGUGUCCAGCUGGACGACUACAACAGCUCCACCUGUGUGAUGAAGGAGAAGAACUCCUCAACCGGAACGGCUCACUUUUGCUCCUGUUCGGAGGAAGAGUGCAACGAUAAACUCCUGUUCACUGUGGAUCCAACUCCUCUGACAUCCAUCAUUCUGGUCAGCCUGCUGCCCCUGCUGGUGACGGCAGCCGCGUCUGCCGUGAUGAUCUACUCAUGCCGGGUUCAUCGGAGACGCCACCUCCGUCACAUUUGGGAGCGCAACAUUAAACUGCACAAGCCCAAAGGCAGCGGGCUGGACUGCAGCAACGCCUGCGCCAUCAUGGUGGAUGAUGAUGGAUCUGACAGCAGCUCCACCUACGCUAACAACCUAAAUCACAACACAGAGCCGUUGCCCAUCGAGUUGGAUCUGCUGGUGGGCAAAGGUCGCUUUGCUCAGGUGUAUAAGGCUAAACUAAAGCAGACCACCUCGGAUCAGUUUGAAACUGUGGCUGUGAAAAUCUUCCCCUAUGAGGAGUAUGCCUCCUGGAAGAACGAGAAGGACAUCUUCUCAAACACAGACCUGAGACACGAGAACGUCCUUCACUUUCUGACAGCUGAGGAGAGGAAGGUGGAGAAACAGUACUGGCUCAUCACCGCCUUCCACCCCACAGGAAACCUGCAGGAAUUCCUGACCCAGCAUGUCCUCAGCUGGGAGGAGCUCCAGGUGUUGAGCAGCUCUUUGGCCCGGGGAGUCGCCCACCUCCACAGUGACCGGCUGCCCUGUGGACGCCACAAGGUGCCCAUCGUCCACAGAGACCUGAAGAGCUCCAACAUAUUAGUGAAGAAGGACCUGACCUGCUGCCUGUGUGACUUUGGCCUGGCGCUCUGUCUGGACAGCAGCCUGUCAGUAGAUGAUCUUGCCAACAGUGGACAGGUUGGUACUGCUCGUUACAUGGCGCCUGAGGUGCUAGAGGCCCGACUCAAUCUGGAGAACAUUGAGUCCUUCAAGCAGACUGACAUUUACUCCAUGGCCUUGGUACUGUGGGAAAUAACAUCAAGAUGCAAAGCUAUCGGAGAGGUGAAGGAGUAUGAGCCGGCGUUCGGCUCCAAAGUGCGAGAGCACCCCUGUGUGGAGAGCAUGAAGGACAACGUCCUGAGAGACAAAGGAAGACCGGAGAUCCCCGACAGCUGGCUCAGGCAUCAGGGCAUCAGUGUGAUCUGCGCCACAAUCAAGGAGUGCUGGGACCAUGACCCUGAGGCCCGCCUCACGGCCCACUGUGUCGCUGAACGCCUGUCAGAACUGGAGGACGAGCAGGACAAACUGUCCAGCCGCAGCUCGUCAGCAGAGAAGAUCCUGGAGGAGCUGAAGAUGCCGAUAGCGGUGGACAUCCCAGAGGAGGAGGUGAAGAUCAGCCAGAUACAGAACGUCAUCGCUGUGGACUGCUCCAUGACCGACAGCCCGCAGGGGGACGUUCACCUUGAGGGGGUGCACUCCAGCAGGACCCGCAUGUACCUGUAGCCCAGAACUGUGUGUGUGUGUGUGUGUGUGUGUGUGUGUGUGUGUGUGUGUGUGUGUGCGUGCGUGCGUGCGUGUGUGUGUGUGUGUGUGUGUGUGUGUGUGUGUGUGUGUGUGUGUGCGCGCCAACCAAACUGAAUGUUUACAGAUCAAUCACAAAGGGAAGUUAUUGUCAUCAGGAGAACACAUCUUAGAACAAAAAGCCAAAGGUUCCUCCUGCCUCACCCGCCACACGUGUCCUGUGUGUAAGAUAUUGUAAAUCCUUUCUGUAAUAAAGAUUUCCAGUUUUCUGUU